AUGGAAAAAAUCGCACCGUAUCGGGUCGAACUGGACGAGUCGUAUCGGCCUCUACCGGCAGUGUACCUGGCUUUACUCUUUGUAUGGUUUCUUUCUGCUUGCUCUUGGACUUUCAAUACCUACAAAAACCGCCACUUUCCGACGAUCAAUUUGCAGUGGACACUAGCAUCUGUGCCAUUGAUUAAAGCUUUGCAACUCACACUGUCGUUCCUCUUCUGGUAUUCUUGCUUUUAUCAUCAGAUAUGUUCUCUGUGGAUGUCAUUUGGGGUGUAUGUAACUGGAGUGCUCUUUCAGACAGCUUAUUUUGUUUCCUUUAUACUUAUAUCUCAUGGUUACUGCAUCAUGUAUGAGCGCCUUUCCAUAUCUGAUCGCCGCACCACAGCUGCACUUGGAUGUGUCUUUUACUUAACUCUCGUAGGGUACAGAGCUUCUGUACCAUACUUCACAGUCCUGCUGCUGCUGAAUUAUUUAAUAUCAUUCUCUCUGAUUUUCCGCCAAAUAUCUCAAAAUUUAUCAGUAUUACGAGAACAAUUAACUUUUGUUGAGGAAGAGGAUGUUCAGGCGAUGUAUGAUGCUGUAUAUAUGAAAUAUACUAUGUUCAAGAAAUUUCAGGGUGCGAUGCAAAUUGUAGUCAUGGCAGAAACUGUGAUACACUUUAAUGUGGAUAGCUCUUCUGUGAACUACUGGCUGCGGUUGUUAGUUAGAGAAUGGGCACAGUUCUGCAUCUUUCUAUAUAUUGGGUGGACAUUUAGGUCUCAAGACUGGGCGCCACGUUUCUCUGUUAUGCCAAAGUCUAAGGGAGAUAUAAUGGCGCCUCCCAUCUAUAGUAUUGAAAUGGAUGCAGCAACUUUCAGAGAGUUGAGUUGUCAGGAAUGGCACAUUGGAGUGCCAACCUCUACAUCUUAUGAUAAAGGCUUGAGCGAUCCAAUUGUGGUAGUAGUUCAGCAUCCACAUACACAUAGGCUGCCUACAGGAACAACAUCUUUUUGA